CUCCCACAAUUCACAGCGGUGAAUGACCGUGACUGUCUUCGGGCUUCCGGUCGUCGGGUUCCGGAGACAAACCCGGAAGUUCUCCCGUCACCCGUCCCGCUGCUGCGGUUCAAAACAGAAACACACAUCAGCAGUUGCAGCAGGGAGAAACUCCUCUGGACUAAAGGAUCGAGCCUCUGUCUGCAGGUCUCGGGGGGGUCUGUGAGCCAUGGAGCGGGUCACGGGAGGAGGGAUGCUGCCGCUGGCUUUAGCGAGUGUCGGGGUCUGGCUGUUGUACCGGAUCCUUUCCCGCCUCAGACCAGGAGCUGCCCUGCAGGACGCGGUGGUGGUCAUCACAGGGGCCAGCUCUGGACUGGGGAAAGAGUGUGCGCGGGUGUUCCACGCUGCAGGUGCACGGCUUGUUCUGUGUGGUCGAGACGCAGCCCGUCUGCAGCAGGUCGUCCAGGAGCUCGCUGCAAGUUCAACAGGCGCGCAGCAGAAGACUCAUGUUCCCAGAACGGCCGUGUUCGACCUGGCUGACUCGGGCACGGUGGACAGAGCUGCAGAGCAGAUCCUGAAAUGUUAUGGACAAGUGGAUGUCCUCAUCAAUAAUGCCGGAAUCAGUUACCGUGGUAACAUCCUGGACACCCAUCUUUCGGUUCAACGGGACGUCAUGGAGACAAAUUACUUCGGCCCUGUUGCUCUGACUCAGGCUCUCCUGCCCUCCAUGGUCCGCCGGCGUAGCGGCCACAUCGUGGUCAUCAGCAGCGUCCAGGGCAAGAUUGCCAUCCCAUAUAGAUCAGCUUAUGCAGCCUCUAAACACGCCACCCAGGCCUUCUUCGACUGCUUACGGGCAGAGAUCGAGUGCUACGGGAUUCCAGUGACCGUGAUCAGCCCCGGUUACAUCCGAACAAACCUGUCUCUCAAUGCCGUCACCGGGGACGGCUCCAAGUACGGAGUUUUGGACAAAACCACAGCUAUGGGUCGGGAUCCCAGAGACGUGGCUCUCGCGGUCCUGAAGGCCGUCCGUCAGAGGAGCAAAGAUGUGGUUCUAGCAGAACCUCUGGCCACCUUGGCCGUCUACCUUCGCACGCUGUGGCCCGCGCUCUUCUUCAAACUCAUGGCCUCUCGCGCUCGCAAGGAGCAGAAACCAAAAGACGGAUGAGGGCUGAUCGCGGCUGCGGAUUAAAGUUUGUGUCACAUGGACCAAAACUUGAAACUGACUGCAGCACAUGGAGGCCAAAUGGACGUGAUGUGAAUAGAUGCUUCUGUUAAGUGACACAGUUUGAAGUGCUACUAGUAGAAAAUCUGAAACUUGACCAGACUGUGUUGUCCAUUCAUUUCAGGAAUUAACCUUGUUAUCAAUAUCGCUGCUUUAAAGUCAACUGGUAAACUCUCCUGUGAUAACAUUGUGAGGCUGUUUCCUGAACUGACUCCAUGACAUGGAUGUUACAUGACAAGGGAUUCUUUGGUUUACUAGUUGUAUUGUUUUGAUGGAAGAUAACUUUUGUUUUUAUGCAGACCAGAGAGAAACCACUCAGCUCUCUGGAACAGAUGACAAAACUUAACUCAGUACAGCGCAUACCUCCACCAAGGCCCAACAUUCCCCUUAAAUUCAAUUUGAUGUCUUCAGUUUGCACACACGCAUGGAUAUCGCUCUCAAAUUCCCUAUUUAUUUUCAUCAAGAUCCACGGUGGAGGUAAUGACCCAAAGGCUUCUCUGUAAAUUGUAACAUUUGAACUGGUUUUAUCACAAAUUAAACAAUGAAUACAAGAAA